CUGAGCUGAGCUGAGCUGAACUGAACUGAGCGACGUGAGAACUGGGACAGCCCGGUGCGCUAACCUGAGGUGGCGCCAGCCAUUCUGCUGUUCGUCCCUUUGCACUUCUCCAUUUCUGCUUAGUGCUUGAAUGGAGCGUUCUGAACCCUGGUCAGAGUGAUGGUGAGAGGCACCGUGACGUUACUUCAUUUCACAGCUUCUCGGCAUUCCACAGGUUUCCCUCUACCUGUUCCAGGGACUCUCAACCCGGAGAGUGGCUUCCCAGCUCCAGAAAUUGAGCUUGGAGCCGGGGGCCACAUCGAGGGCGGCGAAAGGCAUUGUGGGGCGUUAUGUAAAAGGAGGACCCCAACCGACAGAUGCCCAUGGGUCCUCGCGCUACCUGGGGACGAGAUGCUUUGCGCGUAUACUUGUAAAGACUCCCAGGCGGGAAACUGAACCUUGUGGGUGUUUUUGUUGUUGUCUUGCCACGCAUGCGUCUUCGUGCCUUGUGACUAAUUGUCCUACCCUUUAGCAAAGCGCCAUUUUGCCGUACGGAAGCCACAAAGUAAUACCGCAGUUUUCCUGGAUAAUGUCAUGUCUGUUUUUGUUUGGGAAGAAGAUACCUCGAAAUACGAUCGAGGAAGAUUUAAAAGGCCGGGCUGAUGUUUCUUAAUGUUCUCCCCAAAGCCAUGUCCAAGCCAUCUCUUAUCGCGUUCACCCCAGCCACUGACCCCAGUGACCUCUGGAAGGACGGGCAGCAGCAGUUACAGUCUGAGGAGCCAGAGCCCACUUUGGAUGGGGCCGCAGCCCGGGCUUUCUAUGAGGCCCUGAUUGCAGAUGAAAGCAGUGCCUCUGAGCCCCAGAGAUCUUCACCUGAGUCUGUCCAAGAGAGAAAGAGGAAAAAAAGAAGAAUGCUGAGGCAGGCUACACCAGAAGGCGUGGCAGCAGAAGUAUCAGGAAGACCAGGACAAGGGAGAUUCCUUGGGGCUGAGGACAAGAUGACCCAGUGGAUACUGAAAGCAGCUCAGGAGGGGGACCUGGCAGAACUUCGAAGGCUGUUGGAGCCACGAGAGGCAGGGGGAGCUGGAGGGAAUAUCAAUGCCCGGGAUGCCUUCUGGUGGACUCCUUUGAUGUGCGCUGCCAGAGCAGGCCAGAGGGCUGCUGUGCACUAUCUCCUGGGCCGAGGGGCUGCCUGGGUGGGGGUCUGUGAGCUAGGUGGCAAGGAUGCUGCUCAGCUGGCUGAAGAAGCAGGCUUCCCUGAAGUGGCCCGCAUGGUUAGGGAGAGCCAUGGAGAGACAAGGAGCCCAGAGAACCGGUCCCCUUUGCCCUCUCCCCAGUACUGUGAGACUUGUAGUGCCUACUUUGAAGACUCCAACCACCACACAUCUACUGCUCACCUGCUGUCAUUGUCCAGGGGUCCCAGGCCCCCCAAUCUUCCUCUUGGGGUGCCUACCUCUAGCCCUGGCUUCCAGCUGCUGCUGAGGGGGGGCUGGGAGCCAGGAAAGGGACUGGGACCCCGGGGUGAAGGCCGUGCCAACCCUAUCCCCACUGUCCUCAAGAGGGACCAAGAAGGGUUAGGCUACAGAUCAGCACCCCAGCCUCGAGUCACACACUUCCCAGCUAGGGAUACUCGGGCUGUGUCUGGGAAAGAGAGAGCCCCUCGGGGGGCUACACUAUGCCGGAGGGAGAACAGAAGGCAAGAGGAGAAGGACAGGGCCUGGGAGCGAAAUCUAAGGAUGUACAUGAACUUUGAAUUCUGACUGAUGUCUGAUCUGGAACCUCUGACUUGGACACUUUGACUUUUAAUUUCUGGGAACUGCAAACCCUCAGGUUUUGGUCGUUGGGCUCUGUUUUUGGGGGAAGAGGGACUGAGUAGAGGAAUAAAUCAA